CCGUUCCUUAUUACUCGUGUUUUAAGUUCGAUUACGAUACGUUCGGCGGUUGGUGAAGAACGUGCUAGGCUAAGAGAGUGAUCAUCAAGGACUCACUAUGAGACUAGUGAUAGUGUUAAGUGUGGCGGUCGUGGCGUUGGCCGCACCCGAAGGAUAUCAUUAUGAUCCACCGGCUGUUAGCAGUACCUUGUAUUUCCCAUCAGUUCCGAGUUAUGUUCCGGAAGUUGAAGACUGUGUAGAACCCGAAGCUCAUGGACAAGUGCAAUUCCAUCAAGAACUUCCUAGUUUUUCACAUGUGCAACCACCUACUCAUGUGUACCAAGCGCCAGUGAAGGCUACGAUCAUUCAACCGUUGAAAACUCAAGUAACAUAUGAAAACCAGCAGGUGCAAUCUUAUCAGCAGCAACAGGAAUCUUCGGGAUCUUGGAAGGCGCAACAACAGCAGUCCUGGGACUGGGCUGGCAAAGGAUCCCUGAGUGCCUCACAAUCUUCAGGAUCCUCUGUUUUCGGUAGUGGCAGCCAAGCCCAAAGCAGCUAUUACGUUCAACCUCAACGCGCGAUUGAAGAAGUCUACAAGCAUGUCUACGUGCAUGUUCCACCGGAAGAUAAGGAAGAAUACGAGGCUCCACGUGUUAUCCAGCCUGUCUCUCACAAACAGAAACAUUAUAAGAUCAUCUUCAUCAAGGCCCCGAGCCCACCAGCUCCCAAGUCCGUUGUCGUGCCACCACAGCCUUCGUCCGAGGAGAAGACCAUCGUCUACGUGCUCCAUCAGAAACCGGAACAUCAACAGGAAGUCAUCGUCCAGAAGCCAGAACCUGCCAAGCAAAACAAACCGGAAGUCUACUUCAUCAAAUACAAGAACCGCAAGGAAGAACAGAAGCAAGUCAAGUAUGUCGCUCCGGUCGUUGCGUCCACUUCUAGCGCCAAAUCGUCGGUGAAGAUCGUUGAUACCGGCUCCAGUGGGUACAGCUCUGGAUCAUCUGGGACCGGCUACUCGUAUGUGAGCAGUACAUCAGCUCCAGUAUCCUACAGCUCUGCCAGUUCAAAAAAUACCGGCGCCAGCUACUCAUACGUCAGCAGCACUCCGGCUCCAGCUGUCGAAUACUCAAGCCUGGGCAACAUUGGAACCGGCUAUUCCUACGUCAGUAGCACUUCAGCUCCCGCUGUAGAGUACGUAGAAUCUUCCGGAGCUAGCGGCAGCAACGAUUACAAAUACUCCAGUGUAGGAAGCACUGGAUCUAGCUAUAGCUCCUUCACAAACGGUGCUGGUGCUGGUUACGAAAGCUACGUCGAUCUUGGAAACAGCGGAUACUCCAGCUUCUCCAGUGGAGCGAGCCUGGGAGUUAUCAACGUCGGUUCCGGCCUUGACUACCAGUUCGUGCCAAGCACAACCGUAGCCCCGGUAGUCAAAGUAACUUCCCCGGUUGCGUCCUACGUGAGCAGCACUCCUCACAGCGUCGUCAGCAGCACUAUUGGCUCUGUCGGGGACAUCUCAGUGAAAAACCCCGGUCUCAGCGGCUACUCGAGCCGAACCAGUGGCAGCCACGGCCAAGUCAGCACCACCACCAUAGCCCCCGUCAAGAAGACCUGCCGCCGAUGUGCCAGCACUACCAGCUCAUCACUGAAGGUGCAAGACGCGUACGUUUCCAACGUUUAUUGAGGAAACAUUUAGUAGCCAUUUUUUCUAAUAAGUUGAUUCGAUAAAUCGUCUAGGUAAUAAAGAAGCCACGUAGUUACAUAAUUCCGAAGAGGUAAUCAAAUUA